AUCUAGGUCAAAGAGGGAGAUACUUUGCGAUUUACGGUCGCCUGUGACCAUCCGUGGAAGAUGCAAGCUUUCGCCUAGGUUUGAGUUAGUCCUCCGAAUCAUUGACCUCAAUAACAUCCCUCUCGUUACCGGAACUGCAUAUGUAAAAUGGCGCUUACCUUCUUCGAAUGCAAACGAGCAUCACGGAAACACCGACAAAGCCCUCAUUAUCGACCAUAGAGCGUCCUGGAACUAUGAGCGGACACUGCAGCUCAGGUUGACGAUCGAUCGCGAUCACAUGCUUCAUGACUGCGAAAUUCAAUUCGAUGUUAUACAGGAGUUCUCAUCGGGAGGGCACGGCGAGAAAAACCUCCUGGGAAGGGUCAAGCUCAACCUUUCCGAAUACGUGGAUAAAAGCGAUGAUGACGAGGGGAUUGUCCGGCGAUACUUGUUGCAGGAUAGCAAAAUAAAUAGCACACUCAAGAUUGGCAUCUCUGUGCAGCAAGUGGAGGGAGAUCGGAACUUCACGACGCCGCCAUUGAAAUCCGCUAUGGCCUUUGGAGGCAUCACAGGAGUUGUGGCCUCAGAACAGGUCGAGGCUGAUGAUAUGGGCCAGCUACCUUUGAUCAACACCCAGAGCCGAGAGGUUGCUGAUAUGCAAGAAAUGUACCGAUGCACGCUGGCAGCUUCCUGGACAUCCCGCGCCGACGACCUGCCUGCCGAUAAAUUAAUUGAGGGGCUCUUCUCUGGGGCCGUUGGGGGAACUGAUCUCCACGAUUCGAGCUCCGGGCCACCCGCCGAAGGAUACCAUAAUGAGCGGUCCCCUAAUCGUGGAACUGGGCGUACAGAGCAGGCUGCGUCGCGGAACCUUCUAUCACCAGGCUACGAACGGCGGGCACGAAGCUCAAGUCGCCACAGCAAAGGCAAUAAAGCAUUGGACUUUUCCCCUGCGAUUGAACAUACCGAGAAGAGCGGAAGUAUCGAACACCAACUCUAUGACAAUGACAUGGGGAAGAGUUGGAGGAACCGUAGUACAGAGCAUGAAUUGUCAGAGUUUGACGUACGAGAUGACCUGCGAAGCUGGGAGAUUAGUAAUAAACAAUGAUACUUGGUCAAAUCCUAGCUUUCCAGGUUUCAGACUCAACUCA